AAGCUUCUGCUUGGAAGAGAUCAGGUGGCGUCGGUUGACAGCUGUCACUUUCUUCUCCCACACCAGUAGGCCCACGGUAGGCCACAGCCAUAGGCACAGCAGUCAGCUCUACCCAAGCAGCCAUGGUGUGUUGACGGGAAAGUGUUCCUUUUUUUUUUAGCGUAGUAGGGUAGAUUAGUACUUUUUAACAUUAGCAGAGACAUACUUAGAACAUAUGUUAUUCUAUUUUAUAUGAAAGUUUAAUUUGUUGCGUAUACUAUUCCUUCGUGUAUUGCGUCAACGUGGACCACAGUCAACAGGUGGUACAAUAAUCACGUCCGGUGUUAAUCAAGUCAUUAGGAUAUACUCGAGGAUAUAUUGGAGUCUAGAGUUCAUAAAUUGAAUCCUUGUAGUACUCUGCUUACUAAACAGAGGUUCUUUUGAUGAAUUCACUGAAUUUCCACAAUUCAUAUGUCAUUGUUAUCUGAGUAUAUUGCUGUCAGUCUGUCGAACUUGUGAUCAUUAAAAAAUGGAUUACGACUAUUUGAUUAAAUUUUUGGCCCUUGGUGAUUCUGGUGUAGGGAAGACGAGCUUCCUAUACCAGUACACGGAUGGUGUAUUCAACUCAAGAUUCAUAUCAACCGUUGGCAUUGAUUUCAGAGAAAAAAGAAUGGUGUAUCAAACAUCUAAUGGUAGAAGCCAGAGAAUCCAUCUGCAACUGUGGGACACAGCUGGACAAGAGAGAUUCAGAAGCCUGACUACAGCCUUCUACCGUGACUCAAUGGGAUUCCUGCUGUUGUUCGACCUGACGAACGAACAGUCUUUCCUAGAGGUCAGAAAUUGGUUGGAUCAGCUCAGGACACAUGCGUAUUGUGAAGAUCCUGACAUCAUUUUAUGUGGAAAUAAAUCAGACCUUGAAGACCGUCGUGUAAUCAGUGAAUAUAAAGCACGGGAACUUGCGGAAAAAUAUAGAUUGGGGUACUUAGAAACUAGUGCAGCCACCGGGCAAAAUGUCGCUCGUGCAGUAGAAAUCCUUCUAGACCGUGUAAUGCGAAGAAUGGAGGCUACAGUAGAUAAAUCUAUACUACCUCAUCAACGGGGUCUUCGAUGUCAUGAUGAAGAUGUGCCUCCAACAAGCUCUUCCUGCUCGUGUUGAUGGGGAAUAUUUUGACCCCGUACUAUGAGAAUCUUAGGUUUGACUAGUUCUAUACAGCUUACCAACUUUAGUCAAUAUCGAGUUCUGCGAUCUUAUGCUUGAUCGUUUAGUCUCUCUAAUUCAGAAAAUCCAAAGGAAAGUCAACCUUGCAAGUAGCCGUCGUAUUAGAAAUGGCUACUGAACCUAACUAGUCAAUGUACCUAACUUCGACCGAAUUACUGAGUUUUGUAGCAUGAAUGCGUAACAAUUAUAGAAUUGUAUGGGAUUUACUUCAUUAUUGAUGAGUUAUACUGUGGUGUUAUAUGCGUCUUUCCAUUUCUGGUUCUGCCAGGCACAAAUGCAUGUUCCAAUUCUUCCCUUACAAAUGGAUGUCGGGUAGUUUUCUAUUGCUCGAUCUAUGUACGUCAUCUCAUGGGUCAGAUUCCAGAUUCUAAUUUAACCGAGGUAUUUAGCGUAUUAUUGCCAAUCGUUAAUAUCGCUACUCGGUAAUACAACGUCUGAAAAUGUUUUAAGGAUGAAAAAAUCAUUUGAUAUAUCACCGAUAUGGUAGUAUUUUGAAGUAGUUGAAAUAUAUUUUUGAUGUGAAAUUAAGGAAAAAAUGGAUAAAUACACAACGUUUGCUGUGCAAGUCAGUUGUAAUCGAAUUGUACUGAUUGGCAUGCAAACCGUAUAUCAUACGUACAUAGAUGAUCUGAAUACUUAUUUUGUAUAAGAUAAAUAGAUUUCUUUAAGAGAAUCAAUGUAAUCUAUAUAUGCUUAAAUAAGAAUUUACGAAGUUUUGUAAAGCAUAAACAAUGCGAUGAAGCAAUGAAACUUCGUGAGGGUCCUUUAUUGUCAAUACUUGUUCUCUAUUAUAACUAUAGUCAACGUACUUUUACAUUGUUAUGUAGGUGUAAUAAAAAAUCAAACAUCUCACUCCACAUUGGAAUUUUGAAAAACAUUAUACGAUAAAUAUUAGCAUAGGCUUAAAUUUUGGAAAAAUAGGGUAUGAUAAUGUUACGAAUUUUUGAACCAUGAAAGUAUACAAUUAUUUUUAAAGGACAUCGUAUAACCGUAAUUAUAUACGCGUAUUUGAAAAAAACUGAAAAACUGCUUCCACUAAAUAUAUGUAUACCUAUAUGUACACGUGUAUCAUUGAAAAUAAUAAAAUUACCAACUUUAUUAUCGAUA